AUGGCCUCAAAAUCUGGACAAGAGGCAGCAAUUUUCUCUUCUGAUCCGUUGUUUUGUCCCAAUUGUGGAUCGAUUUUUCCUUUACCAGGUCUGUCAGAUGUAGUUACUUGUAAAGUGUGCAAAUUUCAAAAAGAUACUAAAGGUAUGAUUUGUUUUUCUCGUGAUCUUAAUUUCACGUGCUUAUAAUUCCAUAUUUGAUACAGUAUAUACACUAAAACUAGAAUUAGUAAAAUAGGCCGUUGUGUUCAUCUGCGGAUGACAUAUACAUCAUCACCACAAUAAUUAAGGUGUGGCUAGUAUAUAUGAUUUUAUAAAGUUGUUCAAAAUAACACCCUGGCCCUGGGAAUGUCCUUUUUUUAGUAGAACCCCCCGAAAAUCUGCACUCUCCUGCGAGAUGAGACUUGACCCUUUAUUUAUUCUUUUUUCAAACAGAAUUUGAAGGGAUUGAGAUCUAUUCAAAGAAAGUUUUUAAUACUUACAAACCUAAAUCUGACAUUCAACAAGUUGAUGACGAAAAUGAGCUUGUCGGACCAAUGGUAAGGAUUCAUUAAUUGUGGAAAACUCAUUUGAAAAUAAAACCAAACAGAGAACAUUUAAAGAGUUUCUGAAUUCUGUUCAUUAGAAUUGUCCACUGACUGCUGCCAGGUUUAAUAUUACCACAAAUGUCGAUGUGCUUCUUCUCGGCCGAAAAAAUGUGUGGCAUAUACCUAACAACAACUUGUGUUUAUAUAACAACAAACUCACAUACACUUGUGUUUACAUAACAAGAAAUGUUUGGGCAAUUACAGGUGGACCAGAAAUGCUCAAAAUGUGGACACGAAGGAAUGACGUUCUUAACAAGACAAACUCGUUCAGCAGAUGAAGGACAAACUGUGUUUUAUAACUGUCCACGUUGUGGGUAUGUAUGUAUUAAAAUUCAGUAAAAUAACUGGCUGUAGUUUAAAACCAGAACUAUCUGAAAAAACAGACUACUUGGAAGAAAGACUAUUGGAAGAAACAAUGAAAUGUUUAAGAACUUGUCCAAUUCAAACACCAACAACAGCAACUUAUAAUAUAUUGCAUAAUUACAAUACAUUUCAUGUUGUACCUUUCACUUUUGUUAUUUACACUGUCUAAUUGUUUUAUAGCUUUCAGGAAACCGAAUAUUCAUGA